AUGCCUUUCGUUUCGGGUGGCGUUCGUGGCUGUUACCGCCUGGCCGUGGCACAAGGGCAGCAGGAGGCGGGCGGCGCGGCGCGCGCGCGGGCCGAGCGCAGCGAGAAGCUGGCGCUCUACCUGGCCGAGGUGGAGAAGCAGGACCGCUACCUGCGCCAGCGCGGCCGCUUCCGCUUCCACAUCAUCCCCGACGGCAACUGCCUGUACCGCGCCGUGAGCCGGGCCGUGUACGGCGAGCAGCGGCUGCACGGCGAGCUGCGCGAGCAGACCGUGCACUACAUCGCCGACCACCUGGAGCACUUCAGCCCCAUCAUCGAGGGCGACGUGGGCGAGUUCCUCAUCGCCGCCGCGCAGGACGGCGCCUGGGCCGGCUACCCGGAGCUGCUGGCCAUGGGGCAGAUGCUCAACGUGAACAUCCACCUGACGACGGGCGGCCGGCCCGAGAGCCCCACYGUGGCCACCAUGACGCACUACCUGGGCCCCGAGGACGCGGCGCGGCCCAGCAUCUGGCUGAGCUGGCUCAGCAACGGGCACUACGACGCCGUGCUGGACCGCGUGUACCCCAACCCCGAGUACGAGGCCUGGUGCCGCCAGACUCAGGUGCAGCGCCGGCGGGACGAGGAGCUGGCCAAGUCCAUGGCGGUGUCGCUCUCCAAGAUGUACAUUGAGCAGAACGCGUGCUCCUGAGGGCGCGCGCCGCGGGAACAGGCCGCAUGCCGCCCCGCCGAUGCCUUAACCCACGGCGGGAUGCGGCGCGCGGCGGGAU